GGAGUUUUGUGGCCUUGCUUCUGUGCUCUGACAUUAUUAUUUCACCAAAUUCGCUGCAAUUAUUAUCUCACCCAAUUAUUAUCUCACCCAAACUGCUGGCUUUUUGCUCUGGAUCAGGUAGGAAAAAAAAAUGUGGGCAAAGGGCUUUGGGAUGUUGGGUUUCCUCCACGCUUUGCCCUUCCUGGUUGGCAUGGCUGCCCUCCUGGGCCUCUUGCCCGUGCUCCACAGCCACGGUUUGGAGCCCCAAGCCAUGAUGGCAACGUCGCCGUCUCACAAGGGGGAGAUCACUUUUGCACCGCCUGCCUCUGAAGACGGCCAUCCUGGGACGAAACAUCCCACCAAUAAUUCCUUGGAUGGGCAUGACAAGAAGCGGAAGGUUUUCCCCGUCCUGGAAGUCGACUACAAGCAUGUGAGAGUGCCCUUUGAAAUUGCACUGUGGAUCCUGCUGGCGUGCCUCAUGAAACUGGGAUUCCAUGUCAUCCCAACAAUUUCCAGUAUAGUCCCGGAGAGCUGCUUGCUCAUUGUGGUAGGACUGCUUGUCGGAGGGCUGAUCAAGGCUGUAGGAGAGGACCCCCCAGUGCUACAGUCGAACAUCUUCUUCCUUUUCCUUCUCCCACCCAUAAUCCUGGAUGCUGGCUACUUCCUGCCCUUGCGCCAGUUUACUGAGAACUUGGGCACCAUCCUGAUGUUUGCAGUGCUGGGGACGCUGUGGAAUGCCUUCUUUGUGGGUGCCCUGCUGUACUGUGUGUGCCAGAUCAGUGUGACUGGCUUAAGCCACAUUGGCCUCUUGGCCAACCUGCUUUUUGGCAGUAUCAUCUCGGCUGUGGACCCCGUGGCCGUGCUGGCUGUGUUCGAGGAGAUCCACAUCAAUGAGCUCUUGCACAUCUUGGUGUUUGGAGAGUCGUUGCUGAAUGAUGCCGUCACUGUGGUCCUCUACCACCUUUUCGAUGAGUUCGCCACCCUUGACAAAAUCACCUUCACUGACAUCAUCCUGGGUUUCCUCAGCUUCUUCGUGGUAUCCCUUGGGGGUGUCUUCGUCGGGGUAGUCUAUGGCAUCACCGCUGCCUUCACUUCCCGCUUCACUUCUCACAUCCGUGUCAUCGAGCCUCUCUUCGUCUUUCUCUACAGCUACAUGGCAUACCUGUCAGCAGAACUCUUCCACCUUUCAGGCAUCAUGGCGCUCAUUGCUGCUGGGGUAGUUAUGCGCCCUUACGUGGAGGCCAACAUCUCCCAUAAAUCCCACACCACCAUCAAGUACUUCCUGAAGAUGUGGAGCAGUGUCAGCGAGACCCUCAUUUUCAUCUUUUUGGGUGUCUCCACUGUGGCUGGAAAGCACCGCUGGGACUGGACCUUUGUCAUCUGCACCCUGAUUUUUUGCUUGAUUGCCAGGGUCUUAGGUGUCCUUGGGCUGACCUGGUUCAUUAACAAAUUCCGCAUUGUGAAGUUGACCCCGAAGGAUCAGUUCAUCAUCGCAUAUGGUGGCCUGCGAGGAGCUAUUGCCUUUUCCCUGGGUUUCCUCAUAGAGAAGAAACAUUUUGACAUGAGAGAAAUGUUCCUCACAGCUAUCAUCACAGUCAUCUUCUUCACUGUCUUUGUGCAGGGCAUGACCAUCCGCCCUCUGGUGGACCUUCUAGCAGUGAAAAAGAAGCAGGAGACCAAGCGGUCCAUCAACGAGGAGAUUCACACACAGUUCCUGGAUCAUCUUUUGACUGGGAUUGAGGACAUAUGUGGGCACUAUGGCCACCAUCACUGGAAGGACAAGCUAAAUCGCUUCAACAAGAAGUACAUCAAGAAGUGCCUGAUUGCUGGGGAGAGGUCCAAAGAGCCCCAGCUGAUUGCCUUUUAUCACAAGAUGGAGAUGAAGCAGGCCAUCGAACUGGUGGAGAGUGGGGGCGUGGGCAAAAUCCCCUCGGCUGUCUCUACAGUCUCCAUGCAGAACAUCAAUCCGAAAGCCUUACCUGUGGAACGUAUCCUUCCAGCACUUUCUAAAGACAAAGAGGAGGAGAUCCGGAAGAUCCUGCGCAACAACUUGCAGAAAACAAGGCAGAGGUUACGAUCAUACAACCGGCACACCUUGGUGGCAGACCCUUAUGAAGAAGCAUGGAACCAGAUGUUGCUGAGGAGGCAGAAGGCUCGGCAGCUGGAACAGAAGAUGAACAACUACCUGACGGUCCCAGCUCACAAAAUUGACUCGCCAACCAUGUCAAGGGCACGGAUUGGUUCAGACCCUCUGGCAUACGAUCCCAAGCCUGACUCAGAAAACCUCCCCAUCAUCACCAUUGACCCUGCCUCACCGCAGUCUCCAGAGUCCGUCGAUUUGGUGAACGAGGCACUGAAAGGGAUGAGCCACCUCCCGCCAUCCCCGGAGGAAGAUGAGGAUGAGGAAGGGCUGGUGAUGCGGACCAAGGAGCCUUCCUCUCCAGGCACAGAUGACGUGUUCACCCCGGGGGGCAACGACAGCCCCAGCAACCAGCGAAUGAUGCGAUGCCUGAGUGACCCUGGGCCUAGGCCAGACCCUGAAGAAGAAGACCCCUUCAUUCCAAAAGGGCAGUGAGAACUGAAUGGACUACUAGAUCUGGCCUAUAGCGGGGGGGGGGGCCUACCUGCACAUGCUCAUACAGGCUCUCCCUUCUCUCUCUCGCUUUCCGCCCCUCUCUCUCUUUUGCUCUUCAUUUUGGAGGCUUUGUUUCUUUGUUUUGGAGGGUUGGAACACACCUGGCCAGCUGAGCACCUUUGCUGAGAAAGCAAGAGUCAUACUGGCCAGCAUGAUCUCCUCCUCCUGGGGGGGGAAAAAGGCCAUCCCUCCAGUUUCCAGGUCAGGGCCAUUCUUUGCCCCAUUGCCUUGUCCCCUCCCCAUAGUGCCAAUUGAUGGCUUUCCUUUGGAUGCCUGAAGCCUCCACUUGCACUUCAGCAACCCUCUUUUGUUCCCUCUCAGACACCUCAGAGAAGGUGAGGAAAUUCUGGUUCAAUUUGUGUCAGGAGUAAACCUUGUUUGAAGGUGGAAGGUGCAUCAUAUCCGUCAGCUCCCCCUUUGCAUUCUCAUGGAGAUGUUCCUGACUAAAGGGGCUGGUGCCUCGUGGGAUUCUGAGCCUCUAUUCUCCUUGAUCCUCUGGGGGGUAACAGAUCUCCCACUCUUCUGCUAAAGAAUAUCCUUGAAACCUCUGAGCCAAAGUCUGAAAGCAACCCAGUUGAUCAUUGGAGUACUUGCUGGUUCAGAGAGAUGUUUCGGGCUUAUGGCAUCUCAACGUUGCCCGGUGCCUCCAUUCCCUGCCGAGCCAAAUAUCGCAUUUUCUGACAAUUCGGGUUUUAGUCUUGAGGAUGAUCAGGUGAUGGCUGCUACCCUAAGCUUUAGGGUGUUCUGAAAAGAAACCCCAAUUCCACUGAGCCAUAGAAAAGUCACUUUUGCUUUUUAAUCUUCCAAACUUGACGCUUGCCUAGGUUUUUUGUCCAAGUGAAAGUGAAGCAUUUGCUCCCGCAAAGGGUGCUCUGGGCAUAGAGGACUGACCUUGCACCAGCUUGGGGUGAGGCUGUGGUAAGAUGCCUGCCCCCAAUGCCCCCCCCACCCUUGUCCAGCUUCACCUGGCCGUACUUACAAAAGCCAACCCCACCUGUCUGAAUCUGAGCAAGAAAUAUUUUCUCUGCUGAUUUGCCUCUACACACACACACACCCCUCUCUGGAGUUAGUCCACUUUAUCUUAUAAGGAUCUAAAUUCUUUCAAAAUAAACACACAGAGAGAGCAUUUUGUUGACCAAAGAUUUAAUGAGCAGUUGUAUAUAUAAAACUAAUGGGGUAGGGUUUUUUUUUUGUUUGUUUCUCUUUGUUUUAAAAACAGGGUAUAUGUUUCUUGAAAGGGUGACUUAAAUUAUUCCACAGGGGGGCAUUUAAUGUCUGCGAAAAAAACAGUUUGCCUGCACCACUCGUGCGUGCGCGUGCACACUAGGGAAAAGGCUCUGUUAUUUUGCUGCCUAGAAAUUGAGAAUGCAAGAUGGUAGAACUGCGGGGCUGACCUUACCUUUAGCAACAGUCAGAACAGAGAAGGCCUUGUUGGGGGUCCCCCUUCCCACAGAUACCCCGGCCCCAUAACAGCACCCUGGCAACUGGCUUCUGACCAGUUGAUCCGAUUGCCUGUUUCUCUGUCGUGCAUUCCUGCACCGGACAUUGCCUUUCUUUACGAGACACCAGGGUCUCUGGGCUGUUUUCUUCUUUCCCUGCAUUUCCAAGAGGACUGCAUCGGUAUUAUCCUGGCCUAUAAAGCUGUUUUUCUCCUUCCAUCAAAUUGUAUCUUAAGGUGGAGACUCACUUCCAGUUUUGUCUGAGAGCCAGGUGGAAAUCCACUAUUCCAUUGCAGUGUGGCCUUUGCAAGUAAUAGCAAGGCUUGGGUUUGUGGUGAUUGGGGAAGGGGGAGAGGAUAAGCAUAGCCUGUGUAGGCAAGCUUCAGAUGUAUAUAGCACAUAGAAAACUAGCCUCUUCUGAAGAAGGAAUCUAGCACAACUCUCGCCUUGACAUUCAUUUUUCUAACAUGCAGAUUCCUCCCCCCCCCCACGCAUGGGAAGAAGCAUUCAUUCAUGCCAUAUCCUCUACCAGCUGUCUGAAGUGUGGCAGUCCAUGAACAGGGUCGGGAGCAUGCGUUUAGCAGCCCUUAGCCCAAAGGUUACUGGCUGUGUGUUGCAAGGAUUCCCUGGUGGUAAUACCUGAAUGGCAGAGAGAGAGAGAGAGAGAGAGAGAGAGGCUAGAACAAGAUCAAAUUCUAGGAGAAAAGACACUUGUAAAGCUUUAGCUGUCCAAAAGAGGAUCGAACCCUCAGUUCUUGCUGCUUUUUGACCCUGGCUGUUGCCCUGCGCUGGAGCAAACCACAUCUGAGUCUAGUUUUCUGAAGUGAACUAUUUUUUUAAGGAUGGGUGUGUGCACGCACCUCUGGGUGUGUGUGUGAGUGUGAGUAGCAAGCUGGAAAGAGGCUGUGUCUGUUUUAAACACUAGUCCUGCACUUUAGGCAUCAGUCGACGGCUGUUGCGAGGCCAAUCAUUAGAAAAUAAUUUUGAGGACUGCACCCGCAUCAAAGCUGUGUUGGUGCCUGCUGAAUUCUUCCUGGUAGCUCUUAGUCUCCCUCCCCCUGUCCCACUGAAGGGGGGGCAUUCCCUUGCCCCCAUGCGCUGUGCCUUUGUAGCCAUACAGUGUCUGCCUGCACAAAACGGUGUUGUGAUUUGCUGCUCUGUACAUCUGGCCAACCCGGGGUCGCUGGUUUGAAAGGGCCGGGCUUGGCCUCCCAGUGGCUCUGUGUUCCUCUCCAUUCUUCCAUCCAAAUAGUGACUCUCCCCCCAGCAUAUGUGCCCCACCAGAGGAGAAGAGCUGCAAGCAGCGCAGGUAAGAUGGAGAGGCAGCGGGACCCAGAGCCCAUAGAACUCUGCGUGCUCUCUACUUUCCACAGCUCUCUACUUCAGGCUCAUCAGAGGUAGUCUGUAUGUGCUUUUCAUGUACAAUGCACUGUCUCUGGCAGAAGCAGUUAAAUCAGUGAAAAAAAACUAUUGUAUAAAAAUAUGUGUAAAAAGAGUCUUUUUACAUACAAAUUCUAAUAAAUGAAUGUUUUAAUUUUU